CAUUUCCUCUCAUCACUUCUCAAUUCUCCUUCUCAAUCUUCUCCACUAAUCUAUCAAAUCCUCAUCUUCUCUCUCCUUUUUUGGAUUUCAAUGGCUCGUACCAAACAAACAGCACGCAAAUCCACCGGAGGCAAAGCUCCAAGGAAACAACUAGCAACAAAAGCCGCUAGGAAAUCUGCUCCGGCGACCGGAGGAGUGAAGAAGCCACACAGAUUCCGUCCAGGAACAGUUGCUUUGAGAGAAAUCAGAAAGUAUCAGAAGAGCACAGAGCUUCUGAUAAGGAAGCUUCCAUUCCAAAGAUUGGUUAGAGAAAUCGCACAGGAUUUCAAAACAGAUCUGAGAUUCCAAAGCAGUGCAGUUUCUGCUCUUCAAGAAGCCGCUGAAGCGUAUCUUGUUGGUUUGUUUGAAGAUACUAAUCUUUGUGCAAUUCACGCUAAGAGAGUUACUAUUAUGCCUAAGGAUAUUCAACUUGCCAGAAGAAUUAGAGGCGAGAGGGCUUAGAUUUGGAUUUCAUUGAUUUGCUCUGUUAGGGUUUUGUUUAGCCUAUUUUAUCUUGUAAGAAUGUAAUGAUCUGAAAUGUGUUUGUUCAGAAAGUGAAUCUAAUUGCUUUUGUAAUAUAAAAUUUGAAUCAAUGGUAUGGUUUUCAACAAUUAAAUCUUA